AACACAACAGCUCUGUUUCGGUAGCAUCGUUCAGUGAGUUAAAAGUGCUUUUUAACAUCAACAUUAACAUUGAAGCUAUUUAUACUAGAAAGCUAUCACUCUACACAGCACCCGCUCAAGUGGCUGACGCUAUUCAACAUUAUUUUCCGGUAGUUUUUAGUUAAAACUUAACAACUAGGUGUAGCACAAAGCUAGUUAGCAUGUAGCUUAGCAUGAAGCUAACAAGCUAAAGGUUUGUUGACAGUUGACUGUCUGUCAUCCUCUCGUUGGACAACAACUAAAUACGACCUGAAGAUUCGUCAUGUAUGGCUGCAUACUAUAUGUUAAGAUUUGCUCACCUGUUGAAGAAAGGACUCCCCAAAAAACAAGUCUGGACAAAACCAAAUAACACCUCAAUCGUGGUGUCAGCUCAAGUUGUAUUAAUGACUGCGCUGACAGACUUUGAACCUUUAGCAAAGAGACUCAGGGUUGAAAUCAGUGCCCCAACGUCCCCUUCAUCUCCUCUCCAAGAGACGAAGAUGGAUACACGACCAAAGACUGGAGCAGAUAGUUUGCGAGGUGUAAAAACGAAAGGUAACCAUCAAAGAACCGGCCCCAGACUGCAACAGAAGUUAAGAAAUACUCUAGACCGAUGGUUGGUUAAGCCCCAAAAAAAUGCAAGUACAAACGAAGUGUGUCAAACCCAAGAGGAUGCAGAGAUGGCCGAUGAUGGUGGCAUUCAAAGCACCUCAGCUCAGGCUCUGGACUGCCAAAAUGCUCAAAAGCCUUCUCUGUCUGACUCGGAUGAAGAAACCCAACUUUUGACAUCACAAGAGCUGGAUGAAGAAGACACACCUGUGUCACCAGCUUCCAAGGAUUCUGGAGGAAGUAGGUUAAUGCAGACACUGUCCCACAAUUAUGGUGGAUUAGAGACAGAAGAAGUAGAGACAUGCUCAGCAAGCUCAGAGGGCUCUGUCAAACAUCAUACCAAAAUAACAGACUUCUUUUCAGGGACGUCAUCACCAGGUUUACCUGUGAGACGGGGCAGGCCAGAGAUGUCUCCAGAUUCAGACAAGGAAAGUACCUCUGCUGUUGUCAAGCCUGAUGUCAAAUGGCUGGGGACGCCAAUCAGUGAACUAAAGAGAAUGCCUGAAUGUGGCGGACCGCUUCCUCCGCUGAAGGAUGUUCCUGGCCAGCACACUGUGAUGAUAAGGACAGACCUUCUUCAGAAUGGUAAAUUUCCUGUUCCAUAUCCUGCUAAGUUUAGGGAUACCUGGGACGAUGUCCAUGUCAAGAUGCCCUGUUCCAGUCGCAACCUGUUUCCUGUACAGGAUGAGAAAACACUAGAACUGCAGAAUAAGAGUCGGUGGGAGCUGAUCAAGGAGACUUUAAACAACAAAUUAACAAGUCAACUCGAGUUGAAGAAUGCAAUAUUGAAAUACAAUGCCUCACAGGCCAAGAAAUGGGACUUCAACGCAUUACGUUUGUACUGCAAUAAGGUCCUGGAGCCUGAUGCUGCUGAACAUCUGUUUGGCUCCCUGCUGCCAGACAUGGUGCAAUUAGCACUGAGAGCAUCUGAGCUCUGUACCAAGCCGAUACCCCUCCUCAAGGAAGGCAUGGACCACUCCAUCACCAUGUCUCAGGAGCAGGUGGCAUGUCUGCUCGCCAACGCCUUCUUCUGCACCUUCCCCCGACGCAACUCCAGAAGGAACGAGUACCGCAACUACCCAGACAUCAACUUCUCCAGACUGUUUGAGGGGUCCUCUUCAAGGAAGAUUGAGAAGCUGAAAACCCUGAUGUGCUAUUUUAAAAGUUUCACCAAGCAAAAGCCGGAUGGACUUGUAACAUUCACCAGAAAAAGCUUGGAUAAACCUCUGAAUUGGAAAAGCUCACAGACUCCGCUCACAAAGCUCCACAUCACUUGUGAAGGGACCAUUGAGGAUGAUGGUUAUGGAAUGCUUCAGGUGGAUUUUGCCAAUCAGUUUGUCGGAGGAGGAGUCACCAGUUCCGGUCUCGUCCAGGAGGAAAUCCGUUUCCUGAUCAACCCCGAGCUCAUUGUCUCUCGCCUCUUCACUGAAGCCCUGAAUCAUAAUGAAUGUCUGAUCAUCACAGGUACGCAGCAGUACAGUAAAUACACAGGUUAUGCUCAGACCUACCAGUGGAGUGGCAGCCACCAGGACACAACUCCAAGAGACGGCUGGCAGAGAAGAUGCACAGAGAUCGUGGCCAUCGAUGCGCUGCAGUUCAGGAACUUCCUUGAACAGUUUCAACCAGCGAGAUUCAACCGAGAACUCAACAAGGCCUACUGUGGCUUUGCUCGCCCUGAGGAACAAAGCCAGAACCUUGCGGCAGUGGCUACAGGGAACUGGGGCUGCGGUGUUUUUGGAGGUGACACACGUCUGAAAGCUCUGCUCCAGAUGCUGGCAGCUGCCGAGGCGGGUCGAGAUGUGGCCUAUUUCACCUUUGGUGACAGCCAGCUCAUGACAGAUGUCCACAAGAUGCACUCUUUCCUAACUCAGAGGAAGAUCAGUGUCGGGGAGGUGUAUGAUCUCCUGGAACAGUACUACAGCUCAGUGUGCAAGAGCUGCCUCAGUCGGCGCCCUGACGUCAGCCUCUACUCGUUCAUCUACCAACAGGUCGGCUCCUCCUUGGCGCCAGAUGACUCCGACGAUGGCUCGGCCAGACAUCACGUCCCCGCAGACUGCCGUUAAGGUCAGGUGGCUGAUGAGUCACCGCGCCUUAUCUUCGGAAAAACGAAACAAAACCGAAUUAAAACAUUCUUCGUCUGCCCUUAGCUUUAUUUUUUAGCUUAAUGUUUUGUUAAGACAAACUUGAUUAACAGUGGUGGAUGUACCAAAUGUGGUCCCCACCACUGGCAGCCGAAAAUGACAAUCUAGCAUGCAGACCGGAACUGCAGAGGGUGAUUAGUUACGACCCUGUCUGGCGCUGUGUUCAUUUCACUGCUGCUGGUAAUACGCCAAUGGAUUGAGCUUCAAUACGACGCAAUUGUGAUUUUAAUGGUGAAGCAAAGGUUGCCAUCCAUCUUCUGAGUUUGUCAUGUUGCUUUUUUUUUUUACACCCACACAUAUCCAGCCUAAUUGAAUUGGCUGUCAGAAAUCAAGUUAAAGGAAAAGAAUAACAAGAACGGGGUUUUGGAGAGCUUGGAGCGCUCUCAGGAAAGCGGUUUGAUUUAAAGAGCAGCCCGGCUCUUUCGGGAAAUAAUCUUUUACCUUCUGCAUUCACAGCAAAACACUACUUACAAUCACGGUUCUUUAUGCGAUACACACUCCAAAGAACCCAUUUGCACUUAAAAUAUUGAUUUGAUUGGUUUGUUUCUGUAUUUUACAACUAAUUUCAGUGUGAAUCUGUUAUUUGAUCUUAAUAAUUGCUUUGUAGCUGCACUUAAAUGAAAAGUGAGAAGUUUUUUUUAUACAUCCUGAAUAAAAUCAGUUUAAAGUAAA